ACAUGCAGUGAGUUCGCCGGUUUUUGCGGUGGUUGCUGCGCUCUGGCUCGCGUGGAGUGGACGGGUGCCUAGACGCCCGGCUGCUUGGAGAGUCCAUCAUGAGGAGAAGUGAGGUGCUGGCUGAGGAGUCCAUAUUAUGUCUCCAGAAAGCCCUGAAUCACCUUCGGGAAAUAUGGGAAUUAAUUGGGAUUCCAGAGGACCAGCGGCUACAGAGAACUGAGGUUGUAAAGAAACAUAUCAAGGAUCUCCUGGAUAUGAUGAUUGCGGAAGAGGAAAGCCUGAAAGAAAGGCUCAUCAAAAGCAUCGCAAUCUGUCAGAAAGAGCUGACUACCCUGUGUAACGAGUUACAUGUGGAGCCAAUUCAGGAAGAAGGAGACACGACCAUUUUGCAACUAGAAAAGGAUUUGCGCACUCAGGUGGAAUUGAUGCGGAAACAGAAAAAGGAUCGAAAACAGGAACUGAAACUCCUUCAAGAUCAAGAUCAGGAGCUGUGUGAAAUUCUGUGCAUGCCCCCCUAUACCAUAGAUAACACCUUAGUUCCCAGCCUAGAAGAGCUGAACCAGUUGAGACAGCACGUGGCCAAUCUGCGGGAAACCAAGGCAACUAGACAUGAGGAGUUUGUCAACAUCAAGAGACAGAUCAUACUGUGUAUGGAAGAGUUGGACCACACCCCAGACACAAGCUUUGAAAGAGAUGUGGUGUGUGAAGAUGAAGAUGCCUUUUGUUUAUCUUUGGAGAAUAUUGCAACACUACAAAAGUUACUACGGCAGCUGGAAGUUCGCAAAUCACAAAAUGAAGCUGUGUGUGAGGGACUGCGGGCACAGAUCCGAGAGCUUUGGGAGAGAUUGCAAAUACCUGCCGAAGAGAGAGAAGCAGUGGCCACAAUUAUGACUGGGUCAAAAGCCAAAGUCAAGAAAGCGUUGCAAUUAGAAGUGGAUCGGUUGGAAGAACUGAAGAUGCAAAAUAUGAAGAAAGUGAUUGAGGCAAUUCGAGUGGAACUAACUCAGUUCUGGGACCAGUGUUUUUACAGCCAGGAGCAGAGACAAGCUUUUGCCCCUUAUUAUGCUGAGGACUACACAGAAAAUCUGCUGCAGCUCCAUGACGCUGAGGUUGUACGGUUAAGAGAAUACUACGAAGUUCACAAGGAACUCUUUGAAGGUGUUCAGAAGUGGGAAGAGAGCUGGAAGCUUUUCCUAGAGUUUGAGAGAAAAGCUUCAGAUCCAAGCCGAUUUACAAACCGUGGGGGAAAUCUUUUAAAAGAGGAAAAACAACGUGCCAAGCUUCAGAAAACACUCCCUAAGCUGGAAGAAGAGUUGAAGGCACGGAUUGAAAUGUGGGAGAAGGAGCAUUCACAGGCAUUCGUGGUGAACGGACAGAAAUUCAUGGAGUACGUGAUGGAACAAUGGGAGCUGCAUCGGUUAGAUAAAGAGAAAGCCAAGCAGGAAAGGCAACUAAAGAACAAGAAGCAGACAGAGGCAGAGAUGCUCUACGGCAGCGCUCCCCGGACGCCCAGCAAGCGGCGAGGACUGGCACCCUGCACACCAGGCAAAGUUCGGAAGCUGAACACUACCACCAUAUCCAAUGCUACAGCCAACAGUACCAUUCGGCCUGCUGUAGGGGGAAUGGUUUACCGCUCCCCUGUGUCACGACUUCCACCUUCUGGCAGCAAGCCAGUAGUCAGUGCCACGUGUUCGGGGAAAAAGACUCCCCGUCCCGGCAUGUAUGGAGCGAACAAGGAGAACCUGGAGCUCAAUGGCAGCUUCCUGAGCGGUGGGUACCCCGACUCGACCCCCCUCCAGCGCAACUUCAGCAUUAAUUCUGUUGCCAGCACCUAUUCUGAGUUUGCGAAGGAUCCGUCCCUCUCUGACAGCUCUACUGUUGGGCUUCAGCAAGAACUUUCAAAGGCUUCCAAAUCUGAUGCUACUUCUCGAAUCCUCAAUUCAACCAACAUCCAGUCUUGAGAAGCCCUCAUCAGCCACUAGCUGUGGCUUCCUGUGCCUCAUUACACAGGGUGGCUUUAAUUCUUCACUUUAGGUUCAUCUGAAACCCUGGAUGGAUUCCACUGCCAUGGGUCUAACACACGUGUGUGAAUAGUUGUUACAGAUACAAGUCCCUGUGGACUCGGCGAGUCCUCAGACUUGUAGGGCUCUUUGUUCUGACCCAGAAAUACAUUUAAACUUAGUUUAUUGCAGUAGUGCAAAUUUUAGCAUGAGACUUAGUUUCUAUACCCCGUAAGUUCAUUUGCUGAAGCACAAUUAAGGGCUUAUUUCACCAUUGUCUAAGAAAAUGACUGUAUGCUCAUCCUUGUGGUUAUGGGGCAUGAAGUAAUUCUGCCUGUACAAUUGUCAUUAGCAAUUAACAUCUCCUUUUGUUUAGGGAUGUUCAUCUAGUGCUGUCGCUGUUAGCUUUGCUCUCAUCUGAAGGCCUGUCCGCACCACACAGGACAGCGUGUGCGUGUGUGUGUAUGUGUGUGUGAGAGAGAGAGAGAGAUUGAGGUGGCCUGACCUACUGCCAAAGAAGUGACAGGGAGGCUGGGAACACCUUUGUUAAGACUGUGUACAGUUGUGUUACUAAGUGCAAUGCCCUCGAUGGGGCUAUGUCUAUGUGAACACAUGAGCUUCUCAACUCUCCCAGGGCCAGGGCCCUCCUCUCAGUUCCCACUGUGCCCAAGCUCUUCUGCCAUGGUCAGCCCCACUGGGACACUGGGUGGGGUGGGCUGUCUGUCGUGGAGAUCUGGAACUUUGCACGUGUCAGUACUGGGGAGUUGCUCCUGGUGUAGUACCCACGAUGAGGCGGCUGCCUUUACCUACCCCAUCCAUCACUACUGCUCUCCCCAAAGCACUAUUAUUUAUUCUUGCUC